AUGGCUCCCAGCCAAAACAACAAGAAGUCCCGAAAGGGCAAGGGUGCUGGUGCUUCGUCUGCUGCGUCCGCCGCUGCUGCUGCCGCCGCCGCUACUGAGAAGAAGAAGGAGAAGAAUGCGCAGUAAGUAAUGCACCCCUUCAUUUCUUGAAUUAUCUAACCAUCACAGCCGCCAAGCCACUCGCAAUCCCCGCUCCGACAACCGUGAUGCCUUUCGGUAUCGCGCCAAGAAGAAGUUCUUUGCCCACAACCAGAAGUUACUCGGAAAUUGGUCGGCCGAGAACCUCAAAGCCCUCGAGGUUCUCGUAAAGAAGGAGGCAACCGAGAAGUAGUAAGUAUCUUUUAUGUCUUGCCUUCAAUUUCAAAUGCUAAUUACAUUGCUUCAAGCGCCCCCUACCCCCUCAAGGGGAAGGCAAAGGCUUUUGCGGAGGCUGCCGAGAAGGCAAAGGAGGUUGACGAGGACGAGGAUGAGGACGAGGAUGAGGAUGAUGAGAUGGAGGACGAGGGUGAUGAUGAUGCUGACCAUCACCUCGAGGAUCCCUCCGAGGACGAGGACGAGGGCCGGCGCCCAGCUGGUAACCAGUCUGGUGUGACCGCAGUUUUGGUGUCCUGA